AUGGAAACCAGCGAUACCCCGACAAAUCCACGCAGCAAAGUGCGCAUCGUCACACCUCCAGAGUCACCUUCUCGCCCAUCCGCGCACCGCCAACUUACACAUGACAUUGCGGCUUUGUAUUCGUCAAAUGAAUCAACGGAUGAUACACCUUUUGUGAGUGGAAUUUUCACUUCCUUAACUGUUGACAAAUAUAUGCGCAUUUUGGCUGUGCAGAGAAACAGAAAUUCCAAACAAACAUGGAUAGGAGAGCAUACCUCAUCGAAGGGGAAAGAGAAACGAGUUUCUGCUCCAGCGAUCAUGUCUUCAUAUAACGGUGUCCACCCCAGUCCAAAAGCGCCCAUUAUGAACCUUGCGAACGAUGUGGGCUCACCAUCUGCAGCAAUAUAUGCCCUACCACAUUCCCAUUUAAUCUCCCCACCUUGCCUCCCUCUGACGCUUCCUCACCAGGUUCAACGAUCCAAUCGACCUGUAUCAUCAAAUUCUUUCAAUAUGAAUAGAUCAGUCGGAACCGACUUGUCCCCCAUCAUGGAGGACAUACACGCCUUUGCAGGCCAAGCUGAGGCGAACGAAGUCGAUAGUUCAGGAUCGAGCUACGGUCAGCUUCUAACCGAAAUGACCAUAGACUAUUUCAACACGAACACGUCCCAAUAUGGCGCCUUCGGCAAAAUGGAAUGGGGUAACGAUGAAAAAAGUAGGGUGACCGAUUAUUCCGCACCGAUAUCGACCCAGGGCUAUGGAGACAUACAAGAUCCUAGCUGGGCUUUUGACCACCUUGUGGAUCCAAUGGAUCAGAAUGUCCCCAUACCAGAACUCACAUUGACUGCACCUACGCCGGACUUGGGGAGCCCAGAAGAAAAACUGUCGGAUGCAGAGCCAAGGCCGCUGCUUAUCGAUGACAUUAUCGAUCAUCCAUUGAGGCAAAAGAAGACCUCAACUGUGGCGGCGUCGAAGAAAGAAGGAUCCGCUGAUUUGGAAAUGGAGCUUGCUAACGAAAUAUCCAGGGGAGACCUUGCCUUAGGACUGUCAUCAAAUCGUGGAGGCUGUGGAGACCAAAUAGAUAACUCAAAUGCAGCAAGGCCAAAGAGGCAAGGGAAAAAGCAGACCGUGUCUUUGAAAACGGACGUUGCAAGACCCAACAAACGGCCAUCUAGCUUCAGGUGGUCGAUAUCACGUUCGGACAGAAAGCCGAAUGAUCAGGCAAUGAAAAGGACCACUUCCAUAUGGAAAAGGAUGAGUCAGAUAUUGGGGGAUAUGACUGAAACGUCUAGUCAGGUACGACACCCAGGCAGUAAUCGAACUCAGUUGGACCCUCCGUUCGUUGAAGUGGCUGGUACCUGGACUAUGCCUGCUUCGCAGUUAGAGACUCAAAAACGAUGCCCGCGACACAACGCACCUGGUAAACGUGAUUCUGACCCACAAACUCCAGCGACGCCUGUAUGUAUACACGAGGAAGGAGAACACGCGGCGUCCCGUCUCUUUGGUCUGCCCAGUACUAGGGAAGCGUCUAGUUUUUUGAAAACCGAUGCUCAGCAUUUGCCUAGGAUCCCGGACAAGAGUGAGAAACGGCGAGAUGCUAGACGACACUCCUUCGGAUUCAACAUGAAAAGCCUCGCUAAACGGCGGCGAUACGCUGACAGUGACAAGAUAAAGGAAGCUUAA